AUGUGGAAUUUGCUUAGAAGAAAAUCUGAUGAUGUUCGAUUUGUAGGGAUCUGUGGGAUGGGUGGAAUCGGUAAAACAACACUUGCAGAAGUGGUUUCCAAUAGAAUCAGAAAUCAAUUUCAAGCUCAUAGCUUUAUUGGUUUUGUUAGAGAAGAGAGUACUGGAUAUCAUGGUCUAGUUUCUUUACAAAAGCAACUUUUAUCUCAGAUCCUCAAGGAAGAAAAACUAAAUAUUCAGGAUGUUCAUGGGGGAAUGAAUAUGAUAAAGAAUAUACUUUUCAGUAGAAAGGUUCUUAUUGUUCUGGACAACGUGGAUAAAGAACAACAGCUAGAAGCAUUAGCAGGGAAUCAUGAUUGGUUUGGUCCAGGAAAUAGAAUCAAUGUUACAACCUUCAAGAAACCUUACCCCAAGGAAAAUUAUGUGGAUCUAUGCAAGGAGAUUGUGAAAUAUGCUAAUGGGCUUCCUUUAGCUCUUAAAGUUCUAGACAAAUUUCUACUUAUUGUCUGCGUUGGAAGUAGUUUCUCGAUGCAUGAUUUGCUACAUGGAAUGGGGAAAGAAAUAGUUCAACGUGAAUCUCCUGAAGAGCCUAGCUGA